UUAGUUGUGAUAAUGAUUUCUUUCACUUGGGAUAGCGUGUCAUCCUUGCUUCAAAACGGCGAUUUAUUUGAAAAUCCUCAGUUAUUUCCCAGUACGACGACAAGUAAAGAAUCCAGUGUUUUGAGAGAAAUUCUGAAUCAAGAAAGCUUAGUGCGCCUUUCAAUGGUACAAAAAAUCCAAAGGCUAGUUUUUGAUUCUAUCGAUAACAAAAAUAGUACUCAGAUCAUGAAGAAAAGACUUGAUGACGUAAUUUAUGAAGUAAAGGCAUUUGAGUCAGGUUAUCAAAGAAUGGAAAAAGAGAACUCAGCACUUAAUGAAAAAUGGAAGUCCAUGCUGUCUACAAUGGCUAACACUACAAGUCUUACACUUGACAAAAUUUAUCCUUUAAAUGAAACAGAAGUUCUACGUCUUAUGGAGCAAAUAUCGUCUCUAAAACGGGAAAAUAAUGAACUUACUCGGGAACAUACAGAAAUAAAUGCACAACUUGUGGCUUUAAACAAAACAAUCAGUUUGUCAGAGAGAUAUUUGGAAAUUUUAAAAAACGAGACGUUGUUCAACAAACAUAAAAUUGACAUUCUGGUACAAGAAAAUGAGAUUAUGCAGAAAAGUUUAUUUCAGAGAACAAAACAUUCAGCGAGAACAAUAAAAAUGACUUAAUUACACGGUUGCAUGUAGUUGAAGGUAGUAUUGGGAGUUUUGAACAAACAGUCAAUGAAACAAAGGAAAAUCUUUUUAAGGAACAAAGCAACUUUAGCAGACAACUGAUGCAUCUUUCCACACAAAUCACAGAAAGACUUAAAUGUCCUUCUUCCAAGAGUAAAUCCAUCGCUUUUUACGCGUACAUGUCUCAGAACACAGCGACUAUAUCUGGUCAGCAAAUCUUGACAUUUGAUGUCGUGAAAACUAACGCUGGAAAUGGAUACUAUUAUGCAACUGGAAUAUUCAUCGUUCCGGAAACCGGCAUUUGUGUAUUUACUUGGACAAUACGAGAAAACAGCGCUAACCGUCACUCGACACAGUUAGUGAAAAAUACUGAUGAACUUGGAAUAAUUCACACACAAGUUUACCACAACUCGGACAUUGCUGGAACCGGAAUUGUUGUUGCGCAUGUCAAUACAGGAGACAGCGUCUUUGUAAGAACUCACUCAUCAUGGAAUUAUGGAAUUAUUGUAAGCAACAGUGCAGGAAGAUCGUCCUUUUCUGGAUGGAAACUUGUGUGACCACUGUAUAUUAUUAAAUCAAAAUAGUAGAGAAGGCUUUGUUUGUAGUGCAGAUUCUAGAUAAUUUUCUUAAAACUUCAAAGAUUUCACUACUGCAAUGUCAUGACGCUUU